AUGGUCGCAAUCAUUAUGGAAAAGGAACCAGAUCUUCUCACUCGAUUCAAAUGCUCAGAGUGUUUUGUUCGGGACUACUAUUCCAGUGUUCUUGAGUGGAGUCUGAGAAAGGCAACAUAUGCUGCAGCCCAUCUGCCUGCUAAUGCACCUGAUCUCUGUGAACAAGCAUUUUUCAGGCUCGUCUAUGCCAUGAAAUGGUAUAACAUUCCACCAGAGCUUGUUAUCAAUGUUGACCAAGUCGGGGUCUGGCUGUUGCCAAAUAACAGUUACACCUUCCAUGAGAAAGGUGCUCACCAGGUUGACAUUGUUGCAAAAGAUAAGAAGCAGUGUUAUACAGCCCUGACUGCAAGCACUGUGAGUGGUGCCUUCCUCUCCUUUCAGCAAGUCUGGGCCAGGAAGACAACAGGAUCUCUUCUAUCUCAUGAUGCUCCAAGGAUGGCUGAUGCUCUUGCACAUAGUUUCUAUUUUGCCUCUGCUGCAAGUGUAACAAGCCCUUGGAGCCAUUUCAGCACACUGAAAACAAUGAAGGAGUGGAUCAUGCACAUUCUUAUUCCAUAUUAUGAACAUGUUCUCACAUCUAACCCUGAUUACCCAGAAGAUUAA